AAUUAACAAAACGAUGUUUAAAUGGAAGGUAGAGACCAAUGAAAUUAAAAGUCUUGUUUGGGAUUCUAAUUUUAACAAACUUCUAAGGACGUAAUUCUCAAUAGCUUUUACCGAUAAACAGGAAAUCGAAUAUAUCAAAGAUAGAUAAAUAUUGAGAAUGUACUAUUUUAAAUUUACAUUAACAGCGACAAGGUUAAAGAUACUUCAAUUCAACCUUAGAAUAAAUAAAACACCUUAUUUGGUCUGGGGAAAUAAGGAUAGAAUAACUAAAAAAUUGGUAGAUGGUAGGCUACAUGGAAAGGUGAAAUUUUGGAUAAUGGUGGAGGUGAGUAUGCAUAUGGUAAAAAGUCAGGGUAAUGGAAAGAUCUAACAUAGAAUUAUUGGAGGUAUAGAUUUAAUAUAUAAAAAAAAGUAAAGCCUAGGUUUAUGAAAUUGGCAAAUAUGACAACGAUAUUAGAAAGGGAGUUUGGGAAUUUGUCUAUCAAAAGGAAAAUGGAUUGAUCUAUUUGAAAUUUUUUUUAAUUUGCUUAAGUUACUUAUAAUGGUGAAUAUAAUAUGCAAGGUAUUAAGAUUGGUAGAUGGGAUAUUAUGUAUUGUGUGGAUGGAG